AUGCCCAUCAACACUAACUUUGCCUUGCCAGAGGCAGCGAAUGCCCUUGUCUUGCCGAAGGGCCCCACUGGGGCGCUCUUCAUCACGUUCACCACAUCUGACCACCCAGACACUGGGGAGUCAUGGUGUCCUGACGUAAGGGCUGCUUUACCACACAUCAAAGCUGCCUUCUCGGCGGACAGUGCACCAGAGAUGGCUUUCGUCGAGCUUCAAAGAUGGAAAGUCGCUACCAAUGUUUUCCGAACCAAGUGGAACGUGCACAAUGUGCCGACCAUUGUGCGUUAUGAGCGCCUUGACGGUGAAAUCAAAGAGACAGGUCUCUUAGUAGAAGCCGAGAUUCUUGAUGAGAAACGCCUCAAGGAACUCAUCGGCCAGGAUUAA